CAGGGUCCGUUCAACAACUAAUUGUGAGAAGAUAUUCACACCAUGUCGUUGUUACGCUCGGUUAUUCCGCUGUCGAUUCUUGUGCUGCUUCACGCUCCUAAAGCAUUCGCUGAAAAAGCUAAAACCGUGGUUGUUGACAAAUGGUACGACGGAUUCAAGGGAUUAAUUACUCUGGACCUCACGGAUGAUGUUACCUCUGGGUGGACCUUGACUUUGUCUUUUCCAGUUCCUACUCCGAAUUUGGAAAUUUGGCGAGCAGAGAUAGUUGACAACCAAGGCGAUAAAGUAUAUACAAUGAAGAAUAUGCCAUGGAAUACACAAAUGUCUAAAGGAACCUUCAAGUUGUAUUUCAUCGCCAAAAAGUCUGACGUAACAAAGGAUCCUCCUAUUGGCGCCGUCAUGUUUAGUCGCGGUGCACCAAUAACCAACCAACCGCCCACUGCUAGCCCGAGUCCUCCUCCGCCAGUGACGAAACCGCCCAGUUCAUCUCCUGGCCCUGACACCACUCGACCUACGCAGCCGCCGCAAACCACUGCACCUCCUUCGCUAACACAAUCGCCGUCUCGGGGCCCCGGAAAGUAUGACUACAGUGAAGUGCUGAAACUUUCCAUCUUGUUCUACGAAGCUCAGCGAUCUGGCAAGCUUCCACCUAACAACCGAGUCAAGUGGAGAAAGGACUCGGCACUAGGUGACAAAGGGCCGAACGGUGAAGACUUAACCGGUGGAUGGUAUGACGCGGGUGAUUACGUUAAGUUUGGUUUUCCGAUGGCAUCAUCUGUCACAGUGUUAGCCUGGGGUAUUGUGGAAUACAAGGAGGCUUAUGUAGCUGCUGGCCAGUACAGCAACGUGUUAAAUAGCAUCAAGUGGGCCACGGACUAUUUCAUAAAAGCUCACACGAAAAAAGAAGAAUUCUAUGGUCAGGUUGGAGAUGGAGAUCUUGACCACGCUUUUUGGGGCAGACCUGAAGACAUGACCAUGAGGCGACCCGCCUGGAAGAUCACUCCACAAAAUCCUGGAUCCGAUCUCGCAGCUGAAACUGCAGCAGCACUGGCCGCUGCAUCGAUUGCCUUUAAAGCUCAAAAUACUCGUGCCUCUAAGAAGUAUGCUAGGAAACUUUUAACGCACUCAAAGCAACUGUACGCGUUUGCAGACAAAUAUCGUGGAGUAUACAGUGAUUCCAUUCCCAACGCAGGGAAAUUCUACAAAUCCUACAGCGGGUUUCAGGACGAGUUAGUGUGGGGUGCAGCUUGGUUGUACAGAGCGACAAAGGAGUCUUCAUAUCUUGUGAAGGCUGAGAAGUACUAUAAGGAUUAUGGGAUGGAUGGUCAGGCCUGGGCAUUUUCUUGGGACGAUAAAAAAGCCGGGGUACAGUUGCUGCUCGCUCAGUUGACGAGAAAAGAAUCCUACAAAAACGCCAUUAAAGCAUCUCUCGACAACUGGCUUCCCGGAGGUAGUGUCCGUUACACUCCCAAGGGUCUUGCAUGGCGUAUCAAAUGGGGCUCCAACCGAUAUGCAGCCAAUACAGCUUUCCUGGCGCUGGUUGCCGCUGAUCAGGGUCUAAAGCGAACAGCUUAUCGCAAUUUCGCAAAGAAACAAAUUAAUUACGUGCUUGGAGACAGUGGACGCAGCUUCGUGGUUGGGUUCGGAAAAAAUCCACCACGAAGACCACAUCACAGCUCCAGCUCCUGCCCGUCCGCUCCACAGCCAUGCGGUUGGGAUAACUUCAACGCGGAUAUACCCAAUGCGCAUGUUCUAAAAGGUGCAUUAGUUGGGGGUCCCGACGAGAAUGACAACUACAAGGACGACAGAAAAGACUACGUCAUGAAUGAAGUCACUACUGACUACAACGCUGGUUUCCAGUCUUCUGUCGCGGGUCUAAAACAGCUGGAGCUGUGGUCCUCAAAUACAGUGAAUAUACAUCAAAUCUCUUCACGAACAAAAAGGCAACUGCUGUUUAUGUCAUCAACUUCAGCAUAUCUGCGAUUCUCAUGCCGUAAGCUCACUUUUCAUCCACAGAGCUGUAUUAUGAGCAUUAUGGGACGAAUCUCGUUGUCAGCGUGUCUGCUGUUCUUUCUGCUCUUCGCACGCCACACCUGUGCAGAACAGUCCCGCAUUACUGUUGUCAACGAGUGGAACACAGGCUUCACUGCCAAAUUCACCUUCAGACUACAGUCCAAGGUUACUGACGGUUGGAUCAUCACCUUGACUUUCAGUAAACCAGCACUGAAACUGCAGACAUGGAUUGGUGAUAUAAAGUCUGUGUCUCCAGACCGCAAGCGCUACGUGAUUACCAACAAACCGUGGCAAAAACAACUGAAUGCUGGCUAUGAGCUAUCUACUGAAAUCGUUUUAACUAAGCCUGUUGCGAACUCACCAGCUCCUGGCGGUGUGGCCUUAUUCCAGAGGCUUGGUGCUGGCGCUGGGGGAGGAGCUGGAGGAGGUAACACUGGUGGUGGCGGAGGGGGACACACAGGCGGUGGGGGUGGUGUGAUAGCCAAACCGACUGCACCUCCAGCCCCAGGUCCGUUCAAUUACAACGAGGUCCUCCGCAAGUCCAUUCUGUUUUAUGAAGCACAGCGGGCUGGACGUCUUCCCGCCACAAACCGAAUCCCUUGGAGAAAAAGCGCGACUCUUCGGGACGGUGCAGAUGUUGGAGUGGAUCUUAGUGGUGGUUGGUUUGACGCAGGAGAUUUCGUCAAGUUUGGUUUCCCUAUGGCUUCAAGUGUAACAGUGCUAACCUGGGGUCUGUUGAAGUAUAAAGAAGCUUAUAUUGCAGCUGGGGAACUGAAAAGCAUGUUGGACUGUAUUAAAUGGCCAUUGGACUAUUUCAUGAAAGCGCACACCUCUAAGUUUGAGCUUUACGUACAGGUUGGGGAUGGUGUUAAAGACCAUGAAUAUUGGGGCAGACCAGAAGACAUGCAUAUGGCCAGACCUGCUCUGAAGAUCACAGCUCAGAGGCCUGGAUCUGACGUUGCUGCCGAAACAGCCGCUGCCUUAGCCGCGGGCGCUAUAGCUUUCCGGAAGUCUAAUCCAUCUUAUUCUAACCAGUUAUUGGCGCACGCUAAGGGGAUUUACGAAUUUGCAAGAACCUACCUCGGGAAGUACAGUGAUUCUAUACCCAGGGCUGCAAAAUUCUACAAGUCUGGUGGUUAUAAAGACGAACUAGUGUGGGGAGCUGCUUGGCUUUACAGUUCAUCCUAUGAUGAAGAGAGCUUUAUUGAUGCUAAGCGAUUAAGUUUUUUAACUUAUUUUUUACAAGUUAUUCUCACUUUCAGAGCUACACGCGAUAGGAAGUAUCUUACCUUGGCGGAGUCCCUUUAUAAAAAGUAUUACCUCAGUUCAUCUUGGGCCUUUUCCUGGGAUGACAAGACUGCUGCAGUACAGAUGCUUCUGUAUGGACUCACGAAGAAGCCGCAGUAUAAGCUGGCCAUUCAGAAGUACCUUGCAAACUGGUUGCCUGGUAAAACUAAUUUUCGAUCUCACAUAGUAUCCUAUAACUUACAGACUCUUAACAAUAUAAGCUUAGAAGUAGCUCUGCUCACCAAAUUUGAAGAUAAACUUUGCAAGUCUCAUAUAACUAAAUCCACAAGAAGCGUUUAUAAGAAUUUGUUUCUGAACAAUACAACAGGUGGUUCCCUCAAACGCACUCCAAAAGGCCUUGUUUUCCGUGAUGCCUGGGGAGCAAACCGAUUCGCCGCCAACACAGCCUUCCUAGCACUGCUAGCCGCUGACCAGGGUCUCAACCCGACCACGUAUCGUCAAUUUGCAAGAAAGCAGAUCCACUACAUGCUUGGCGACAGUGGACGCAGUUAUGUGGUUGGAUUUGGGAAGAAUCCUCCCCAAAGACCUCACCACCGCUCCAGCAGCUGUCCUUCAGCCCCUGCCCGAUGUGACUGGGGAAACUAUCACAACUCUGGUCCUAACGCGCAUGUGCUGCAUGGUGCCUUAGUUGGUGGGCCUGAUCGCUAUGACAACUUCAAAGACGAUAGAACAGAGGUAAAGUACUCCGAGGUGGCUACCGAUUACAACGCUGGGUUCCAGUCUGCCGUGGCUGGGCUGAGGCGUCUACAGUUGUAAUAAGUAGUUGUCACAAUGAUGUUCUUUCAAUGGUGUCCGCCUUUGAAGCAAUAAUUAGAUAAGUUGAUUUUUCUUAGUCAAACAGGUAUUUACCAAAAUUGUUAUAGAAUGAAUAAAACGAAUCAUUGAACGUCAUAUGA